CGUUUAUUUUCUUUAUUUCUUCCCCUUUUUUUUCAUUUUUCCUCUCUAGCUAUUAGCUCAAACCUGAAACGCAAGCAAAUCAAAAUUAUAUAAAAGUUCAAUGGCGCUGGUACACUGUUGCUUCUCCACAGUUAUGAUCUUCUUAUUUUUCACUGGAUUGACAUCCUCAAAUUUUAUCUCAGAUGAUAUCUUUCAACCUCAUGCAGGAAGAACACUCCUCCAGUUGAAAAAAGAUUGUCCAGUUGAUUUUGAAAACAAUAACUACACAGUAAUCACAAGUCAAUGUAAAGGACCUCGUUACCCUCGUGAGCAAUGUUACAGUGCUUUGAAAGAAUUUGCGUGUCCUUAUGCAGAUGAAUUGAAUGACUUGAAUAAUGUUUGUUCAUCAACCAUGUUCAGUUACAUAAUGCGAAUUGGGGGUUACCCACCUGGUUUGUUUGCAAAUCAAUGUGUAGAAGGGAAAUUAGGGCUUGAAUGUUCGUCUGACCCACCAGGCUCAUCUAAUCCCAACCCUAAUAGAGGUUCAGUGGUCUCUCAGUAG